UUUAAUCGCGCGAUGGCCGUUGCGGAUACCGACUGCAGCAUAUGCUUACAACGAUACGUCCAUCCGGUGGAACUUCCAUGUGGGCAUAUUUUCUGUUUUCUGUGUAUAAAAGGUUGUGCCUUGCACAGGAGACGUUGUCCGAUGUGCCGAGGAAGAUUUUCCAUGCGAUAUCUUGAAGACCCGAAACUUGUAUCCGGUAAGUUGGUUCUUGUUUAUUUGGAUUCUCCCGUUAUUUCAGUAGACGCUGUGCAGAUUUUUUUUAAUUUAUCAUGGCUUAUAUUUUAUUUCUCUGCAAACCUACAGUAUGCCCCCGUGUGCCCCUAUGCAAAACCAAACAGAGCAGACCAUGGAAAUCUAAGGCAUGAUAUAUUCCAGACGAUCUUAAACGUCUCUCAGGUCUCCCAUCUGUCUCCUCUUGAGGUAGUACAGGUUCACAUCCCGGAGUCACUGCUCCUGCCUUUCCCUUAUUGCCUAGCUAUCAUUCUUAUGGUUAGAAGUUGGACCCUCUAG